GAUCAGCGCUCGUCCGCAGUCACUCCGAUUGAAGUGUGCUUUCUGUUUUACUAACGAUGAGAUUGUUGUGACAUCUGCUGGAUAAAAUGUUGCGCACAUUCAUCUUAAUAAAGAAGACGCGGUGAUAAGGACAUAAUGGAGUUAUGUUAUGUGUCGUCGAGGCUGUUGUGAUGUUAUUGUGAGGAGAGACUAUGAGCUCUUCAGGAUGGGUGCGAACAAUGGCAAACCGUAUGAAAGUGAAGGAAAAGGCAGUUCCAGUAUCUCCUCCGACGUGAGCUCCAGCACUGAUCACACACCCACCAAAGCUCAGAAAAAUGUGACUACCAGUGAAGAUUCAGCUCUAAGUAUGAGGACACUUAGCACUCCAAGCCCCGCCCUCAUUCUGAAUCCAAACCUUUCCUCACUCUCACCUCAAACAGUCCCAAAUGGGCAUGAAACAUCUUCACCUUCUAUUAAUGUCUGUGGGGAAACAGUGGCUCUGAUUCAUCAACCUCCAGGGACAAACUCACGCCCUUCCAAAACUGCUCAUGUGGCUCUCAUCGAUGCUCUGCCAGAUCCUGUUUUACUUCACAUUCUCUCUUACCUGUCCACCCCUCACCUGUGCCGCUGCGCUCGAGUGUGUCGUCGCUGGUAUAACCUGUCCUGGGAUCCACGGCUCUGGAGAGCCAUCCGUCUUACUGGAGAGCUGCUAAAUGCUGACAGGGCCCUUAAGGUUCUUACUAAUAGGUUAUGUCAGGACACUCCUACUGUUUGUCUGACCCUGGAGACGGUCGUGGCCAGUGGCUGCCGGAGGCUUUCUGAUCGUGGGCUACGUGUGAUAGCUCAGCGUUGUCCGGAGCUGCGGCGUUUGGAGGUUGCAGGCUGCCAUCAUGUGUCCAAUGAUGCUGUGUUUGACGUGGUGUCCCAGUGUCCCAGUCUGGAGCACCUAGAUGUAUCAGGUUGUCCUAAAGUGACGUGUAUCAGUCUGACUGAGGAGUCCUCUCUUCAGCUCACACCAUUACAUGGACAACAGAUCGGCCUGCGUUAUCUGGACAUGACAGACUGUGUAUCAUUGGAGGACAAAGGCCUGAGGACCAUCGCCUUUCACUGUCCACGUAUCACACAUCUCUACCUACGGCGCUGCAGCUGCCUGACCGAUGAAUCCCUUCGGCAGCUGUCACUGCACUGCAGCGCUUUACGUGAGCUUAGCCUAAGCGACUGCUUUCUGGUGGGAGAUUUUGGUCUGCGUGAAGUGGCUCGUCUGGAGGGCCGCCUGCGGUAUCUAAGCGUGGCACACUGUAUGCGCAUUACCGACGUUGGACUGCGAUACGUAGCUCGCUACUGUCCACGCCUUCGGUACCUGAAUGCACGUGGCUGUGAGGGAAUAACAGACCAGGGUUUGAGACACUUAGCUCGUAGCUGCCCCAGACUGCGAUCUCUUGAUGUUGGCCAUUGCCCGCUGGUGUCAGACGCUGGACUGGAAGUGUUAGCACAGUGUUGUGAGGGACUUCGAAGGCUGAGUCUAAGGGGCUGUGAGAGCGUGACGGGACGAGGGCUGACCGCGCUGGCGGACCGAUGUCAUGAACUGCAGUUAUUGAACGUACAGGAUUGUGAGGUGUCACCUGAGGCACUUCAACUGAUUCGACAGCAUUGCAGACGUUGUGUAAUAGAGCACACUAUACCUGCUUUCUACUGAGAAGACAACAGAGGUUUGGACUUGUCAAGAUGCAUUUUGAUGGAUGUGUCUUAAAACCUAGUGAACUGAUUCACACACUGCCUGUUAUGAAUGAGCAACUGUCCAUAUAAACGAUUAAUGUAGAGUCUGUUUAUGUUUCAGAGCAGUUCACAAUUCACAAUUUUGCAAACUGAUGUGAACUCCAUUGAACUUGACUACACAAUUUGUCUAUUUAGUCACCAACAUCAGCACUGAAAUCAUUUUGAGUAAGAUGCAGUUUAUCGUAUCUUACUGAUAAAUUAAAUAUAAACAUAGGCUACACGUAACAUAAUGCAAAGGAAAUCAAACCAUUGUGUUACAUGGAUGUUCAAAUGUUUACAUUUGCUUUACUUUGCCAAUUUAUUAAAGCAGUACAACUUUUUUGUGCAUUAAACCCCUGACAUUAAUCAAAGCCCUUAAUAAGAAAAUAAGUAAAAUAUUAUUUAAUAACUUCAUUGCACUAUUUUAUACUGAUGCUAUUAAAAACAUUUACUGUAUAUUUCAAAAUCAAUAUUUUACAAUAUGUCUGUAAAGUGCUGUCUAGGUGGACACCUGUCUAUGUUUUCUAGGUUUUGAGACACAGUUGGUGUUUCAUGGUGUUUCUUGCAAAGCUGUAGCAUGGUCUUGCCUUUUAAAGAUCCACAUGAAAUAUAUAAUAGUAUUUAUCACAUGAAAGACAUGUAUUAUUAUCACUGUACAGAAAGCUGUGUUUUCCCCAAAUGUCUUAACUGUGUAACUUUUUACAAAACGCUCUUUACCUUGUUGGUUGUGUUACAAUGUUAAAUUUUAAACACCUUGUCUUACAGAGAAGAGGUUUUGAAGUGUAAGUAUACUCAUUCUUUCUAGAAAAAAACUGUAUUUUAAUUAAUUACAAAAUUUGUAUUUUAUUUUUUAAUUGCUGUCUCGUGUUUCUGGGGCAUACGCGAAUUAAUGACUCGUUUGAGUCGAUUCCUUACAAAGUGUUGCCAAUAAAUGAGUCUUUUGAGUCGAUUCUUUACAAAGCCAAUGGGCCAAACGUUUUGAAUUGGUUCGCGAAACAGUUUGAAUUAAUUGUUCAGAUCACUGCAAAAACGGAAUCGUCUGAUGCUGUUUUACUCGUAGCCUAUGUAGAAACACGCAGAAUAUAAACAGUGUUGGGUGACGUGGAAAUGAAUUUACCAAUCUUUUAACUAAAAGCAAAACUUCACACAUGUACCCGCCAUUACAUACACGCGACCUGUUCAUUUUCACGCGCGCAACCUCCAGAAACAUGUAGCACAGAAGAAGAAAAUCCAUCGAUGAUUGACGUCUGAUUCGCUGUAUACUGUACUGUAUGAUGUAAGUGCUUCUCACAAAACACACGUGACAUGACAACAUAAGAAAACAUGAGUUUUGUCUAAAAUCAGUUUGUAUCAUGUAAGUGUAAACUGUCAAUGUCCUCAGACCAUCUUAGGAGAUAACUUUAUAGUGAACGCAAAACUCUUGUCAGUUUACUUGUCUGAUAUUUCAGCUAUAAGCUACAUCAACAUUGACUAGAGUUAAUUUGUUAAUUUGAAAUGCUUGUCUAUUCUGUGUUUGUAUUCUUUUUUCUGUACUUUUUUUUGUUUAUGUUGCAGUUUUACACAUACUGUAGAAGUGCCCUUCAUAAGUAUUCCUCUGUUUACUGUGGAGUCAAGAAAUGUUUAAACAUUAAAAGAUGAACAUCAUACAAAAGUACAGAAUCUGUCACAUUAUUUUUUAAUGGGCACUGAGCUGUGUCCUGACACAUGAAAAGCAUAAAAUGUGUAGGAUCAGUUUGAUUCACUUAUGUGCAUUUGGGUACAACACACAUAAAUCAGCAUUUAAUGCUGUUGUUCUUUGUUGUUAAAGCAUGUAUGUGUUGAAACAUAAACAAAGGUUAAUAAAAUGUGACAUUCUAAACUUCUGACAUACUGAUAUUUAUCUUACCAAUUUCUGGUCUCCACAGCAAACAGAAUAAUCUUGUCUUUACUGUUCUGAUACUUAUGGAGGGCACUGUAUUGUGUGUGUGCGCGUGUGCAUGUAUGUAUAUCUAGAUUUAUUUUUUUCAUGAGUAACUAGUAACUCACUACUUGAGUAUUAUUUUCAUUGCAUACUUUUUACUUCUACUUGAGUAAUUAUUUCUUUACUCACUUGUACUUUUACUUAAGUAAAGUUUUUGGCUACUCUUUCCACCUCUGUUAAAAUCUUUAUGAAUCUAGGCUGAGUUUGCCACGUUUAGCCUAAAUAAUCAGACCGAUAGCAGCUAGCUAUGAUAGCUUGCAGACAAGCAGCCUGGAUACUAUUUUAUUGGUAGGCAUUAGGCAAACAUGUUUGCUAAUUUUAAUAAAGACCCUGUUAUUCUCAGUCCUUCAUAUAGGCCGUCAGUUUUUUUUUUUUUUUUAGGGGGGUGCCCUUUUUUGAUCAGAGCAACUGCCCCUAAAAAUUCCUGUGCAUGUCCCUGUAUUGCAGCAUAAGGAGUCAGUUUGGUAAAAUCUGUUGCUGCUGAAGAAAAUAAAUGACUGCUUACUUAAAAUUAUUGAAAAUUUUGUUUCUGUUUAUAAAUCUGUAUAGAUGCAAAUACAUUGGAUUUAAAUUACACAGUGGUAUUAGGUACAGAAAGAUCUUUAGCAUUCAGACGAAAAAACAAACUCUCCCUCAUUCACACCAAACAAUUCUGUAUCAUAACUUAUUUCAGUUGUUGCUUGAAGAAUCAUAACAUUACAACCAAAGAAUCAUAAAAUGUAAGUGACAUUUGGGCCAAAUUGUUAAUUAAGUGUGCUGUAAUCUAAAGUUCAAGAGCAAGUUAAAAUGCAUUCAAGAUAAUAAAGUUUAAACAUACACAAGUUAACAAAAAAACACAAUUUACAGGCAAGUCUAAAUGUGACCCAAGACAUCAAACGGGUCAUCAAAUACAAACAGUUGUUGAAUUUGUAUCUCAGUGUUGUCUGUAAAUAAAUAAGAGGAUAAAGCCUAAAACAGAACAGGACUCAGUGUUUUGUCAUAAAGGAUUGGUAAACAUUAUGUAAAUGUCACAGAGGAUAUAAAUGAAUAAAGUAAUGCUGUUUUAUAUUUAUUAUCU